GCCAAAGAGAAGAUCUGUUGAUGUUGCAAAAUGUGCAGAUAUUAAAAAAAUGUGUUCAAUUCAAACAAAGAAUAAAAAAUAAUUGUUCAAAGUGAAACAACUUUCUGGAGAAAACUUGGGAUAGUGAUUUUAAUUGGUAUGUUGCGGUUCAAACAGUUAGUGAGAAAUUUUAAUCACCAAGUGACCGUUAUCGUGGCUUCGAGAGGUCAGCAAAAAAAGUGCAAAGUGGUCGCAUCCGCGGAAGAUGAUUAAGAUCAGUACAAGUGUCGAAAAUUUGAAUGAAUAAUGAGAGGGCUUGUUAAAUACCACUCAGUGGAGCCAAUCUGAUUCAAUCACGUGUUACCGGCAAUAGUGUGUUGAAACGAAUCCAUUGCAAUUUUCUCCUCUCGGUAUUGUGGAAAUGGCGCGUUAACACAAGUGCGGAACGAGCGAUGCGAAAAUCCGUCGAUAAUGGGCGAAUUUAGGAAGAAAGAGUCAGUUAACAAGCGUGGCAGAAAUUAAGCAAAAAAUCACUUUGGUGCCUUCGUCAGAGCUUCUUGUUGAAGCAAAAGUUGGGGAUGCUGUCUGUCUGCAUUACGAGUGUGUCUGUGUUUCUCUUACAAUUAAUACAUCAAAAUCGAUAAUUACGCUUGGCCGACGCUGCUGCUGAUGAAAAUAUAGGUUAUGAUAAGUGUGUUAUGGAUAGCACCCGCGAUAACCGUUUUUCCUUUUGUCUUGGAUACGCGCCAAGCCCGGAGCGGUGAUAAUUCGGAAAUGUGCUUCCUCGUCUGCUUGUAACCCGUUGCGUUAGUUGCUGCACCUGUGUGAACGCAAGUGAGGUAGUGUAGUGAAGAGGAGUGAAGCCCCCGAAGGAAAAUGGAAGCAUAGCAAAAAUGGCAUGCCCCAUCCUCUCUGAUUGUAUGUUGUGUGUAUCGGAAAAUAAUUAGCAGCACCGCCGUCAGUGGAAAGCAGAAGAAGUUACGCGCCAAAAAGAAAAUAAUCGGCCCAGAAGAGAUGCCCGAUUUCAAUACCAAUGCUUCGUUGAAUCUGCGAGCAGCAGCCGUGAGUUGUGUUUUGGUUUGAAUUUCUGGAGCACGCGUAGAUUACGCUCAACUCAAAAUUGUAAACGGAAAUACCGAACCUCUCGUUGCACUGUGAGAGUCGACGGCGGACGGAACGUUAAUUUUGCUGUGGUAGAAGAAAUACCCAUCCGAUAUCUGAUACCUGAUCGACGAACAAUACCGACCAUGGCGUACGUCGUGUGGCGUGUGCUAGUCAAGCAGUACUCCAAGGUUCGCCUUGGAGUUCAAAGGAAUUCUGCCUUGGAUGAAGAUGUCACACCCACCACUCGCCGUACCAAAUCGUUCGAUGAUAACGCGUGGAAAUCUCAGCAUGACGACGAAUCACUGAACCUUUCCUCGAACAUAUCUGCUGUGUCCUCGGUAGCACUUUCAUCUGCUCGGCACGAGCGCCACCGUUCAAACAUAGAUCCCGACCCAUCCCCGAGCAUCUGCGGCAACGCGGUUAGCUGUGGCGGGGGCCUAGACGAUAUUCUAGUAAUAGAAAGUGGCGAAAGUGAUUCACACUCGCAGCCUUAUUCCCACUGUGGCACGUUGAGCCGCGGGGAGGUACGAAAGAGUCGAUCCAAAAUGAAGAGCUACCUUAAAAGGUGCAAGGAAGCCCUAAUCGGAAGCCAAACGAGCACCGCCGAGGACACAUGUCCAAUCACACAUCACGAAGCGGUGGUUCAACACCAGCAGGAACCCGCUUCCAUUCAGAUCCCGACGGCCAACUGGUAUCUGGAUGAUCAACUGUGUGAGAUCCGACCGGAAGAUAACCGAGAACCGUACUCGACGUUUGCGUCCGCCAGGCUCAAGGAACAGCAGCAGCUGGAAACGGAGGAGCAGAGGCAAAAAUUGCAACAACGCCAGCAACUGGGUCAUGAGAAUGAGUCGACGCCACCCGAACCCACCGAUGCUGCCAGGGUCCCAGCAGCCCAGGAUGAUGAUCCAUUAGAUUCCGUGAAUGAAAGUGACGCCGCUGGCGGUCCCGUUGCGCAGGGAUCAGAGGCUCGUCCCCUGCUGUUGCCACUGCCAGUGCCGCUGGCCAGCAGCAAUUUAUCAUCGAACGGUAUUGAGAAGUUGAUAGACUUGCACUUUGGGCCACUGUAUCCCGAUUACGCGGACCACACACGGCCGGUGCUGAUCCGACAGGCGCGGGAUCUACUGGUGUGCACCUUCCACGGCGACCUGGAACGAUUCGAGGCCGGUUUCCUGCGUCCGGCGGCAUCCAUCGUCGGCGAACUGAAGAGCAGCUAUCUUCAGGGACAGGUGAGUGACGUAACCAGUUGUGUGAAUGCAUCUUUGUGAUUUGUAAGUGUGUAUAUCCCAGAGUAAGGUAUUUAAAUUUAAAUUUUUGUUGUUAUAG